AUGGACUCUGAAAGAAGUGGUGAAGCAACCAUGACCGAACCUAAAGGGAGGGGCAUUGCUAGUGCUCCUGCUGCUGUUGUGGUCACUCAUAAAGCUACCAAGCAGCAGCCUCAAGGUGGAUGGAAAAAGGGUAUAGCCAUUUUCGACUUUGUUUUAAGACUUUGUGCUAUUGCAACAGGCUUAGCUGCUACUGCUACUAUGGGGACUACUGAACAGACUCUUCCCUUCUUCACUCAGUUCUUUCAGUUCCAUGCCGAGUAUAAUGAUCUUCCAACCUUCAUGCUUCUUAUUAAAUCUCUGAAUCAUGUGCAUAUACGCAGGUUCUUUGUGUAUGCUAAUGGCAUAGCUAGUGGAUACCUCGUACUCUCAUUGCCUUUCUCUAUUGUCUGCAUUGUCCGGCCUCAUGCAGUUGGACCUAGGCUUCUCCUUAUCAUCUUUGAUACAGUGGCGAUGGCUCUGACAAUAGCAGCUGCUUCUGCUGCAGCUGCUUCUGCUGCAGCAGCAAUAGUAUAUUUAGCUCAUAAUGGGAAUUCAAACUCAAAUUGGAACGCAAUUUGUCAACAGUUUAAUGAUUUCUGCCAGCAGACGAGCACUGCUGUAGUGGCUUCCUUCGUAACCUCAGCCAUCUUCCUGUUUCUCAUUGUGUUGUCUGCGUUUGCUCUCAGAAAAAAAUAGUUAAUUAUCAUUCCUUAACUACGUUUUUUCUUUCAUAUCACAUAUAUUAGUUGUUUGUUGGCUUCUUCAUGCCUUGCCUUGUGUAAUCCUUGUUAAAUAUUCCCAUAUAAUAUAAAAAAUAAAAAUAAAAAUAGGCGAUUGAAGUGUUGAAUUUUUAUGCCUUUAAUGCAGAAUUCGGUUUGAGUCCAUAAUAUGGAGAGUAGAG